AUGGUUGAGUUAACAGAAGUCAGAGAAGAUAACAACGCUAGAGUUUUUGAAGAACAGCCGGAUGGUGCAGCUGGCUCUUUCUCAAAGGAAGAAGAUAUCCCAGAACAGGACUCUUCCGACGAAUACUCGAGCGAUGAUGAGUACGAUGAAGAGGAGACCUUUUUGGAAAGAUUGAGUGCGCUUAAAGACAUUGUGCCUCCAAAACAGAGACAGGCAUUUUCCAGGGUUUUUAGCACGACUGUUUCGGUUGUCAAAAGUGCUUUCUCUAAGAGCGGAAAUGUCGCAUGGGCCAUUACAACUUCUGCAUUACUCCUAGGGGUUCCAUUGUCGCUAUCAAUCCUCGGAGAGCAGCAAUUGAUCGAGAUGGAAAAGAGCUUCGAUCUACAAAAGGAUGCCAAUGAUAUUUUGGUUCAAGGUGACGCCACCAGCGCCACUCAAGGUACCCCAGUUGCGGCUUAA